AUGACAUCUCUUCUCUUCUACUCGUCCGAGUUGUUUCAUUCCGAUUUUAUGAAAAAAUUCAAAAAUUCAAAUGAAAUUCAUCACUCAUCAUUGGAUCAUUUUCUCAAAUCAAUUCUUCCUACUUUAUUUACCACUCCAAUCGGAUUAGAUUUAUAUCUGAUAGGAGAUGAAAUGGAAUUUUAUAACUUUUCACAAUUAUUGACCAAACAUUUUGGAGCACUUUUUGAAGCUCAACAAUUUCCAAAUGUGUUUUUAGGAAUUUUAGUGAAAAAUUCUACAAUGUUGCGAACGGGAUCAAUGAAUGCUGAAAGGACUGGAUUUUUAGUGGAAGCUCUUAGGAGAAUUCCAAAUUUGAAAGGAUGGAUGAUUUUACAUGAUCGAGAAAAUUCUAAUGAUUUAUUGCAACAUGCAGCUGUCAUGUUUCAACAUUUGGAUGCGAACAGUGAGAAUAGAGACAACAAGAGUCAACUUUUCAAGACCAAAACUCGUGACAUGAUUGCAGUUAUGAAGGCGAAUGUCAUUGUCAAUAAUUUUCCAAAUAUUCGAAAAAAUGUUAGAAUGAUUCAUUUUGAAAAAUUGAAUAACUAUUUGAACCACAACCAGCAUGAUGAUACGAGAAUCAAUACACAUGUAUUACCACCCUUUCCUACGUUAAAAAUUGAAAAUUUAAAUGUGGGAAGAAUUUGGUACGGAACUGUGAAAUAUUCAAAGAAACCUUUUUUAUAUUUUGCAAGUUAUCACGAGAUGGCGAUGAUAUUUAAUGAAUUGUUGUCCUCUCCCAGAGUGUUCAUGAAUACGAGUAUUAGUGACAUUUCAGAUAAAAUUUUAGACAAGUAUGGAAUUCAUGUCAUGCCAGAUGACAGAUUUGAGGCAUCGGAAUUGAAGACACUUGUCGUCAAACCUGGCCAUCUAACACAUCAUCAAUUCCAUAGUGAUUAUUGA